AUGCCUCGUAAAGUUAACUACGGAAUCGAUUACUACGACGAUGACUAUGAGGACUAUGAUGACUAUGAUUAUGAUGUUGAAGCUGAAAACUAUGGAGCAGGAGAAGGACCUGUUGCAAAGCAAGAGACCAUUAGGCCUGGAGUUUGGCAAUGCCCCAUUUGCACCUAUGACAACGAUGAGAGUAUGACUUCGUGUGAUAUUUGUGGCGUUGUACGUCAUCCCUUGGUUUACAAUGGACCUUCCAACAGUAACAAAACAGUUGAAGAUAUAAACAAAAUUCCUGGAGCAUCCAAGCUGGCCAGGUCUAUUUUUCAAUCAUUACCACACCAGAGUCCCAAAGAGGUUGUAUUAUUUCCAACGCAAGGUGUUGGUUUUUGGACAGAUAGCAGUAACAUCUACAAGCUUGAGAAUGUCCAUGGAGAAUUUCAUGAAAUUCAUAAGACUUUUAAUACUCAAAGCCAUCCAUCUUUAAAUAUAGAUCCUUUCAAGUUUGACGUUCCAUCUCCAGAUGACGUGGUUCAUACUGGCUUACAUUCUUCAAAAGUGGGUUUGAAAGACAAAGUUAAAAACGCUAAAGAUUCACAGUUUUCACAAAACAGCAGAGAGAAGAGUGGACUUUCUGUAGAAUUCAAUACUGAAAGUGCAGACAACUCAUCAUCCUUAAUGCAAACGAGCAAGCAGGGUAGUGUGGCUCAAAACAAGCUUUCCAAAAAUGUAGAAAUUGAUAUGAAAACAUUUGGUGAAACUUUAAACAGUUUAUCAUUUUUGCCAAAGGACAAAGGAGAUGAUACGAAAAAAAUAGAUUCUUCAAAAAAUGGUACAAAUGGUAUCCAAUCAAGCAAAGAAUACUUCAGUCGUUUGUCUGCACUGCCCAAAGUCGAAGAAAGUGAUAAGCUUAGUUUGUCUUCUAACAAUGAUGGAAAUUCUGAAAGUGCUUCCAGCAGUUUUAACCACACAGUUCUUAAUGUAAAAUCUGGAAAUUUUGAUAAAACUACUUCUAAGGCACCUCAUCAACAAGUUUCUUACACGCCGGAAAAGUGGAUGCUUCCUCAACAUUCUGAAGAUACAUUGACUCAGUUGAAUCUUGCAAUUGUUGGUCAUGUUGAUUCUGGAAAAUCAACACUAUCCGGCAGGUUAUUACACCUAUUGGGACGAAUUUCCAAGAAAGAAAUGCACAAGAAUGAAAAGGAGGCCAAGUUACUGGGCAAGGGAUCCUUUGCUUAUGCUUGGGCACUUGAUGAAAGUUCUGAAGAAAGGGAACGGGGGAUAACCAUGACAGUGGCUGUGGCAUAUUUCGACACUAAGAAAUAUCACGUUGUUGUGCUCGACUCUCCUGGUCAUAAAGACUUCAUCCCAAACAUGAUUUCUGGCGCAACACAAGCUGAUGCUGCAAUUCUUGUUAUAGAUGCCUCACUUGGUGCAUUUGAAGCUGGUAUGGAUGGUAGCAAAGGGCAAACAAAAGAGCAUGCACAGCUUAUUAGAAGUUUUGGUGUAGACCAUGUUAUAGUUGCAGUAAAUAAGAUGGAUGCUGUGGCAUACUCCAAAGACCGAUUUGAUUUUAUAAGACAUCAGCUGGGAAUUUUUCUCCGCUCAUGUGGGUUCAAAGAUUCUUCUCUCUUGUGGAUUCCCCUGAGUGCCAUGGAAAAUCAAAAUCUGGUAGCAUCCCCUUCUGAUGCUCAUUUCAAAAACUGGUAUACUGGACCUUAUCUGUUAGAUGCAGUUGACUCACUACAACCUCCUACUAGAGAAUUCGCUAAACCUCUGCUAAUGCCAAUAUGUGAUGUCAUCAAAUCAACUGCACAAGGACAGGUGUCUGCUUGUGGUAAACUGGAAGCAGGAGCUCUUCGAAGUGGAACAAAGGUACUAGUUAUGCCUUCAGAUGUUGUUGGAACAGUACGCACAUUGGAGCGUGACUCUAAUGUUUGCUCUGUUGCAAGAGCUGGAGAUAACGUAGCUGUAACGUUGCAUGGUGUUGAUGGAAGUCAUGUAUUGGCUGGAGGUGUAUUAUGCCAUCCCGACUUUCCUGUUGCAGUUGCGAAGCAUUUGGAGUUGAAAUUGCUUGUCUUGGAUGGUGCAAGUCCCAUAUUGGUUGGUGCUCAGUUAGAGUUUCAUAUUCAUCAUGCAAAGGAACCUGCUAGAGUUUCAAGAAUAUUGUCAAUACUUGAUCCCAAGACUGGUAAGGUGACCAAAAAGUCCCCUCGCUGUCUCACAUCAAAACAAAGUGCAGUAAUUGAGGUGAUUUUGAAUGAGCCAGUCUGCGUGGUAGAGUUUUCUAGAUGUAAAGCUCUUGGAAGAGUAUCCCUUAGAUCAUUAGGAAGAACAAUUGCUGUUGGACUUGUGACAAGAAUAAUCGAAGAACAAGAUUAG